AUGGCGUCGGAGAGAACUAAGCUUUACAUUGCAGUCAUCUUCACACAGUUUGUGUGUGCAGGCAUGUCCUUACUCUCCAAGGCAGCAAUAACUGAAGGAAUGAAUCCUCAUGUUUUUGUUGCUUAUCGACAAGCAUUCGCGACGCUUGCCUUAUCUCCUUUUGCUUUCUUUCUUGAAAGCAAGCAGUCUGCUCCACUGUCUUUCCUCUUACUCUGCAAGAUAUUCUUUGUUUCUCUAUGCGGGAUUACCAUGACCCUUAAUCUGUUCUAUUUUGCACUGAAAUACGUCUCCGCGACAUUUGCUACAGCGUUCACUAACACAAUUCCUGCCAUUACCUUCAUCUUAGCUGCUAUCUUAAGGAUUGAGAACAUUUCCAUAAAGCACAGGAAAGGAAUUGCAAAAGUAUUAGGUUCUGCUGUAGGUCUUUCUGGGGCUUUGGUGUUUACUUUUGUCAAGGGGCCUCCUGUGUAUCCAGCUGGGCAGAAGGAAAUUUCAGGCAAACCAGAAAAGAGUUAUUCCAAAGAAUAUUGGAUGAGAGGUUCUCUUAUCAUGCUUUUGGCCUGCUUAACGUGGUCAUUGUGGCUGAUUAUGCAGGUUCCGAUUAUGAAGCUAUAUCCAGCAAAACUAAGGCUUACAACUCUACAAUGCUUCUUCAGCUGCAUACAGUCUGCACUUUUGGCCAUUGCCAUGGAAAGGAACAUGUCAUCAUGGGAACUUGGAUGGAAUGCGAAUCUUUUUUCUGUGGCCUAUUGUGGUGUAAUUGUCACUGGGAUUACUUACUGGCUGCAAGUUUGGAUUGUAGAGAAGAAAGGCCCUGUGUUCACAGCCAUGUUUACUCCAUUGACACUUAUUAUAACAGCCAUCUUCUCAGCUCUCUUGUUCAAGGAGACCCUUCACUGGGGAAGUGUUUGUGGGGCUGUAUUGCUAGUAGUUGGUCUCUAUGGCGUUUUGUGGGGAAAGAACAGGGAAGUAAAAACUGAAACAAAUGAACAAACGCCAGAAAUCAAAGGGGAAACAGAGUUGAAGUGCAUUACACAUCAGUGA